GACGUUAUAUUGACUUAAAUCUGAUCCCUUUCCAAUUCUUACGUGUUUCCUUCGAAAUAUCCCCAAAUCGGCUUUUACCAAUUUCAUAGAAUCCCUCACCCUUUUUCCAGGUUCCUACUGCUUUUGUUCUUUACACUCUCGAAUUCAUCACAUCAAGGUACAAGUUUGAAUCCUUCCAUGUAUCCUCCUCAGUGUAAGUUUUUGUACAUUUAACUGAAAAUUGACGCAAAUCUAGUUUCUAUCAGAGGAUUUCUGCUCUGAAUGUUGUGGAUGACAAGUGCUUCAGAGCUAUUUCAUAGCCGGAGGUAUCGCUUUGGUGUUCGCUACAACGGCGUCGAGAUUUCAGGAUUUGAUACCUCGUUACCCGACGCCAGUUCUUCUUCAUCUUCUCUCCAACACCGCACCACAAACCGUCGCUAUAAUCGCCGUGAAAAUCGCCACGACGAUGGCUGUGACCUUGCUUCCCGGCGGAUCCACCGCCGUCGCCUCGAUCAUUCGGAACAUGAAUCAUUUCACCCUGAACAAGUUCAUAAUCAAUCUCCAACCGGUAGCAUUAUAAAUUCAGAAGAUUUCAGAAGCAUACACAGACACAGAGCCACUGGGAAUGACAGGCUUCCUGGAUCUGUAUUACUUGCAAGAGAAAGACUUCUUGAAAGAUUGAGAGGUGUCUCUGUUUCUCAAAACAGACAAAGCAGCAGUUCUUCAUCAAACAGUCAUCAAGAUGACAGUAAUCUGUAUGAAGAAAUGGCAUCUGAAUCAUGGCAACCAUUAGCAAGAAAUCAUCAUCAUCAUCAUCCUGGACUUCAUCAAGAUGCCUUAAAUUGUUUAAAAUUAGAGGUUUUUGGUGAUGAUGGAAAAGGAAAUGAGACUUCAAGGGAGUGUACGAUUUGUUUGGAGAGUUUUGAAAAUGGUGAUGAAGUGAUACGAUUGCAUUGUUUUCAUGUAUUCCAUUCCGGCUGCUUGAUUCCAUGGAUUAGGUUAUGUGGGGCUUGCCCAAAUUGUAGAAAGGGUAUAACCGUAAAUGUAAAUGUGUUAUGAAAAGAUUAGACUCUGUUUGAUGCACAUAUGACAUAACUAAAGUAAAAUUGCUUAUAAGCUGACUUUUUAAAAAAAAACUAUUUGGUGUA